AUGCGGGCAACAGCUUCCCUCGUCGUUGUCGGAAUUUUUUCGUCCCCGGUCUUUUCGGCCGCGUUUUCACCCCUCCAACUCCGGGCUAUCGCCGGUCAAGGCUGGUCCUUGCAGUCGGGAUCAUGCCCUUCCGAUACCCAGUCGUGCGGAAACGGGUCCUGCUGCCCUUCAACGUCACAUUGUCAAGCGACCGGUAACGGCGAAGUUGAAGCCUGCUGCCCUACAACAAGCAAUUGUAGGGGCAGUGUUGAAGGUGCUCCUAGUUGCGCGAGUCCAGCUUGGUCUUUGUGGACAGGAAGUUUCGGAAACGGAUUUUGUUGUGAGGUCGGUUUGACCGGAGCAUUUGUCAAUGGGGGAUCUGUUGCUGGAAUUUGUGUCACUUCCGUUCCCUCUGGAUACUCCACUGCUUCAUUGGCUAGCAAAGGGACAGGCAGUCCAGUCACAUCAGCUCCUUCGACAAAAUCUACUACUUCAGUCGCUCAGACAACGACUAAAUCCACUUCUACAACUACAAAAUCAACCGUGUCUAGUGGACCAACAUCAAGUACGGUGCCGAGAGCUGUAUUUGCACACUACAUGGUUGGCAGCAUGACUCAAGCAGAAGCAGUUCAGGAUGUCAAAGAUGCAAAGGCAGUAGGAUUCGAUGCUUUUGCGCUCAAUACACACGACAUCACGUCUUCUUGGGCACUGAACGCAUUGGGAUACCUGUUUGAUGCGGCAGAUCAGAACGGCUUCAAGCUAUUCAUUUCGUUUGAUAUGAGCUGGCGUGCCAUCACGCCUUCGCAAAUUCCUUCUUUCUUGCUCAACUACAUUUCUCGACCGUCAUAUUACACUAUUUCUGGUCGACCGUUUGUUAGCACAUAUGAUGGUGGCUAUAUUGCGAAUUCUGACUGGGUGUCGGGCUUUCAGCAGCCUCUUGUCUCCCAAGGCAUCAACCCAUACUUUGUUCCCAAUUUUGGCGAUUGGAGUGGUUGGCCAAACAAUUUCUUCUCGAAUUACCCCGUUGUAGAUGGUGCCUUUAGCUGGGAGUCGGCAUGGCCCGCUCCAGGUACCGCCAUCUCCAACGUGUCCGACAGCGUUGAUCAGAGCCUUUUCCAACAGGCGCGAGCAGUUAAUAAAGUAUUCAUGAUGCCUGUAUCUAGUUUCCAGUUCAAGUAUCUCGGCUCAGGACAAGACUGGUAUCGCAUUGGCGAAGUCAACCUACCACAACGGUUUGAGCAGGUACUGGCCCUGAAACCAGAUCUGGUGGAAUUAAUCACAUGGAACGACGCUGGAGAAGGCCAUUAUAUCGGCAACUUCUUCCAAGAACAGAUUGCAGGUUCGACUAUUGGGGACUAUGCCAACGGUUUCGACCACACCGGAUGGCAACAGCUGGUGACACCUUUCAUAAAGGCAUAUAAAAAUGGUGUAGCAACUAGCGGCAGUCAGAUUUUGCCUCCUGGAUCGGCUCCCGUCGGUUCGCUGUGGUAUCGUACGUUGCUGAAGAGUGCUAGCUGUUCACCAUCUAUCCAGAAUUACCAACAGGGCCAAGACACAAUUAACUAUGCUGUCUUGCUGCCCUCAAAUGGGUACACGAUUAAAGUGUAUAGUAACAACAACCUGAUUGGCAGAUUUACUGGCUCUUCGGGCCUUAACUAUGGUGCUGUUCCGGGAUUGAGUGUUGGGGGCGGGCAAUAUAUACAAGUUGUGAAUAGUGCCGGUUCUGUGGUUGCCUCAGCCACGGGUACAAAGCAAGUAUCAGCUCAGAGUUCCAAUGCGACUUGCAACUGGAAUUACGAGGUGGUAGGCUUUUCAUAA